CUCUUCCCCCCAUCUUGUGCUGGAAAUAAUACAAAUGAGGUACGCUAAAAAGGUGAUGGUGACGAGGUGAUAUAUACAAACUUAUCUGAUGACGCAAAUCAUUCUCAGCCACACCAAAAUUGAUUAUUUCGCGUUUUACAUUUGUUCGCGAAUUUUUAUAAAAGAAAACAUCGAAUCUACGGACUUCCCUACUCACCUUUCAAUAACGUUUUACAUCUCUAUUCAUUUUUGGAGAAUACAUGCUAAUAAGGUUCUAUAUUGUUACAUAAUCAUAAUCAUAUAAACGUAUAAAGACUAUUAUGUAAGACAAAUACAUGAACAAUGUUACUAAGUCAUUUUUGCUAUCUUCACAAACGAAGUCAGCUACGGAGGUGACGGAGAUUCGUUCUUGAGGAGAUCCCUCAUUCCUCCUCCCCCAUUACCCCAUAACAAGCAUUCUUCUGGAAACGAGGUCGUAUGCAAUUAUACAAAUGAGGCCGGCUAAAAUUCUGACGGUGACGAGGUUUCCUAUGACCUUACCUUUUGACUAAGAUCACUGUUAGCCAGACCUCUGCUCCUUGAACAUGCCUCGUAUUAUCACAGUUUCUCGCGCUCGUGCUUCUCGCUUUUCUGCAGGCUGACCAUCUGGCCGCAGAAGCGAUUUACUAGCGCCCACUGCCACGAUGGGAGCACACGCCCGUGAAGGCUUCAUGUCUUUCACGGACGUGGGUGAGCCUCAGCCAUCGACAUCCCGCGAACCCGUCGUCGCUCCAGUGCCUGCCGUUCCCCUGCUCGGAGACUCCGACUGGGAGGACGAGGAAGAAGUGGACGAGGAUCAGGUAGACGAUCCCGACUACUUCGACGACGGGGACGAUGCAGAUAGUGACUGCACCUAUGAUGAGUUGGACCGGGAGGAAGUCACUCUUGACUAUGUCUCUGCCCACGACACCUCCAUUGACUCCGAUGAGCCCUUGUCGGAGUACGCCCACCGCCAUGCCGCCCGCAAUGCCCCUGGGUCCAAGGGUUGGAAAGGUUGGUAUAAGGAGGAGAACGUGCCGCGUCGCCACGGCUUUUGCGGUACUCCAGGCCUGAAGGAGGAACUGGGACUUGAGGAGGACUCAACGCCCAGGGAGAUCCUGGACUGUUUCUUCCCCCCUGACCUUUGGCAGACAUUGGAGACCCAGACGAACUUGUACGCUGAGCAGCACCCGCAACACCAAUCGUCGCAUAUGAAGGCCUGGGAAGAUAGCACUGCAGAGGAGCUGCAGAAGUACAUAGGUCUUCGUCUUCUAAUGGGUGUACAGCCCCGACCUUCUUACAGGCAUUAUUGGUGUGAUAAUCCCCUUUUGAACAGCUCUGUUUCCCGUCAGACUAUGACGAGGGAUCGGUAUGACCUGUUGACGGCGAACCUCCACUUCAGUGACAACGAAGAUCCAGCAGCAGCAGACGACAGGUUGUGGAAACUGAGGCCUGUAAUGGACACGCUGCAAAGGACCUUCAAGGAAGUCUUCACUCCGGAGGAGAAUAUAGCUGUCGACGAGUCACUGUGGGCUUACAGGGGACGUCAUCAUGCUGUCCAGUACAACCCGUCCAAAAGAGCCAGGUUUGGCAUGAAAGUCUACAAAUUAUGUUCCAGUGACGGUAAGGCAGCAGGAUAUACUUCGGCUUUCCGAGUUUACAUGGCGCAAGACAGAAGUGACGUCCCCGCAAGCAUGAAGGCAGUCGUAGACCUCAUGCAUGAAGCAGGUCUCUUCGAAAAGGGGAACCAGUUGUACCUUGACAACUGGUACUCCUCGCCCACCCUCUUCCACUACCUACAGUCCCGGAAGACAGAGACCGUCGGCACAGUAAGACUAAAUAGGAAGUUCAUGCCAAAGGAUUUAUCUGUGAAGAAGGGCGAAGUCGACAUCAGGACCUCGAGGGCAGGGAUGUUGGCGAUGUCAUGGUUCGACAAGAAACAAGUCAACAUCCUGUCGACCAUCCACAGGGGAGAUGAGAUGGUCGACCUCCCACCCAAUAGAAGAGGGGAGGUCCGAAGAAAACCUCUGAGUAUUGUCGACUACAACAAAGGGAUGAAAGGAGUGGACAUAAGCGACCAGCUUGCUCAGUCAUAUCCAGCAGCUAGAAAAACGACUUAUAGCUGAGUUGCUGCAGCGGCC